GUUUUUUGAUAUUAGCCCACCUGAGGAGCCUCAUCUAACAUCUACAGCCAUCAGUUCCUCUGCAAAGGAGGGGUAAAAUGAGCCAGCUCACAGAACUAGUUCUCCUAACAGUCUUCUUGGCACUGUUCAGUCGAGCAGAAGCAAAUCCUUUUGUUUACAACUAUGAGGCGCUGAGGAUCGGGGGUUUGGUCUUCACAUGUGUGCUUGUAGCAGGAGCUGUUACAGCUCUGUGUUGGGGGCAGUGCAAACCAAAAAGAAAGCAUGAUGAUGACGCAAGCAAAAUCUAAAAAUCUGGGACUUCAUUAGCUGCAAACUUUCCACUGGAGUAUAAGACACUUUUUUUCUUGUCUAUAAACUACAGGUGGCUUUCUAGCUCCACGUUUCCCCUUGUAAUUUGUUAUGUCGAAUUUCCAUUGUUUUAACCAUGUAAUUUAUACAUUAAUCACACAUCCUGCCCAUAAAUGCUGAGCUCUCUUGUUUUGAAUUUGUAGAAUCAUUCUAUAAAUAAGUUAAGUAAUCUGAUCAAGUGACACUUUAAUAAAUAGUCUCAGUGAUGGGGAGACAAAGCUACAUUUCAUUUGUAAGAUAUUGUUACCUUUGGAUUUAAACGCUGUGCAACAUGAAAAAAAUAAAAAGAUUAAAAGUA